CUCCAUGAAAAGCAAGGUAGCUGUAGGGAGUGGCAAAUGGGUAAAUUCUGCUGCCGAGCCUCUUCUUCUUCAAAACGGUGGCGGCGCCGGCGACCUGCCGUUGGCUGAGGCCAAGGAGUCACUUCUGAUGGUUUAUCUCAGCACAGCUAUCGCCGUCUCCGGCUCCUUUGAGUUCGGAUCAUGUUUGGUGCCAUGAUUGGUGCUAUUACAAGUGGACGUAUUGCUGAUUUUUUCGGCCGAAAAGGAGCAAUGAGAAUCUCAGCUGCUUUCUGCAUCAUAGGGUGGCUUUCUGUUCUCCUCGCCAAGAAUGCUUUGAUGCUCUACUUUGGGAGAUUUGCUUCAGGCUAUGGAAUUGGAGUCCUCUCUUAUGUGGUGCCAGUGUUCAUUGCUGAAAUAGCACCAAAGAAUUUAAGGGGAGGCCUCACUACCCUUAACCAGUUAUUGAUCUGUGUUGGAGGUUCAGCUGCUUUCAUACUUGGUGCAUUUGUCACUUGGCGCAAGUUGGUAUUACUAGGACUGGUUCCUUGCCUUGUUCUCAUUUUCGGCCUCUGCUGGGUUCCAGAAUCACCAAGAUGGCUGGCAAAGGUUGGGCGACACAUAGAGUUCAAUAUUUCCUUACAGAAGCUGCAUGGAAAGGAAGCUGACAUCUCCCAAGAAGCAGCAGAAAUUCUUGAAUACAUUGAAACACUUGAGAAACUUCCCAAGGCAAGAGUUUUAGAUCUAUUUCAGAGGCGAUAUAUCCGUUCUGUCAUUGUUGGAGUAGGCCUUAUGGUAUUUCAGCAAAUUGGAGGGAUUAAUGGAAUUGGGUUCUAUGCAAGUGAAACAUUUGUAGCAGCAGGAUUCUCUUCAGGCAAACUUGGAACAAUUCUGUGUGGUUUCAUUCAGUUACCAAUAACAGUUCUGGGUGCAUUUCUCAUGGAUAGAAGUGGAAGAAGAGCUCUUCUGAUAGUUUCUGCAUCAGGAACAUGCUUUGGCACUUUCAUGGCCGGAGCUUCAUUCUUUUUAAAGGGCCAAGGAAUACUCUUACAAUGGGUUCCUAUGUUAGCACUUAUUGGCAUACUGGUAUAUAUUUCAGCAUUUUCAAUUGGCAUGGGAGCAGUUCCUUGGGUCAUCAUGUCGGAGAUAUUUCCAAUUAACAUUAAAGCAACAGGUGGAAGCUUAGUAACUUUAGUUAACUGGUUUGGCUCCUGGUUAGUCUCCUACUCCUUCAAUUUUCUAAUGGACUGGAGUCGUGCAGGUACCUUUUUCAUCUACGCAGCAGCCAAUGCAGCAACAGUUUUGUUUGUAGCUAUGAUAGUGCCAGAAACCAAGGGAAAAACCUUGGAAGAAAUUAAUGAAUCCAUGAAUUCUAGAAAAUAACAGGUUGAGGGAAAUCUAUUGAGCAAGGGGAAAUUGACUAUGUCAUUUAUCUAAACAAUUUUUCAAGUAUUCAUGUUUUACUUCUCUUUUUACAAUUUCUAUCAUUUAUAUUAGUAUUGCUUCAAUGAAAACUAGCUUUGAUUUUCGC